AUGGAAGAGAGAAUGGAAGAAAUUUUUUAUGAAAUAUGCGAAAAAGUAGUAAAUUCAGCAAAUGAUAUUAAAAAAGAACUGAAAAGUGAAACAAAUGAUAUCAAAAGUAUGUGCCAUACAAUGCAAAAAAAAUAUGAUGAACUUGAAACUAAAGUGAAAGAACAACAGGAUACAAUUUUACUACUACAAAAAACAAUUAACAGGAAUAAUUUAAUUAUCCACGGAUUGCAUGAAUUUCAAUGUGAGAAAGAAGAUUUUAUAAAGGAAAUUGUGGACUUCAUUAAUGAAAAACUUGAAAUGAAUUUGGGAGAGGAUCAAGUAGAGAAUCCACCAGCUCUAAAGCGGCCCCGAACUCGAGAAGAUUUUUAUUUAUUUUGUACUUACGUGUUAGAACAUGAAAAUUAUAAUCGACAAGAAGAACCAAGACAGUCCACAAGUCCCAUGGAUAGUGCUGGUUUAGUAUCCGAUUCCAAUUUAAGCUCUGGUCAAGAGGAUAGUAAUAAACCAACAGAUGAGGACACCGGUCAGUAUAGCAAUUAUGUUGAUUCCGAAUCGUACGAUUUAGUAACAUGUUAUUGCAACAAACCAUUUGCUGGACGUCCAAUGAUCGAAUGUUCCAACUGUCUAACCUGGGUACAUUUAUCAUGUGCAAAAAUCCGUAAGAAGCAUAUACCUGAAGUUUUCUACUGUGCAAUAUGUAAAUCCAGUGGCAACCAAAAUAUAUCAUCCAGUGGUAUAUCUAGUGGAAGUAGUAUCAAUGGUAACAGUAUUGUUGGUGGGGGUGGGGAUAACAGUGGUAGUAAUAGUCCAAACAACACAACAUUUGUGCCAAUAAAUCAACAACCGUCAUCACCAACAUCACCUAGUGCCAUUGCAGUAUCACCCACCAAUCAAACGGUAACGUCAACACCGACUGCGAUUACAGCCCCACCCGUCACAUCUCCAAUUACCACACAAAAAUCCCAUCGAAAUAAUAAUUUUAAUAAAAAUAUGAAAAUCGCAUCGUCGCUAAAAUCGUAUAAGAAUACAACGUUAGAUAAUCAUAAUACGUCAUCGUUAAACGCAAACGAUAAUGGUAUAACACGUGUGCGUGGUAAUACGCAUACGCAACAACAAUAUGUGAAAUUAUCGCAGUCAAUUGGUGGUAAAAAUUUUAAUAAACAUAAUAUAAAUAGGAUAAAUAUGGGGUCACAUCAAAAAAGCACAACAUCCACAAAUUCAGCGACGGUUGGCGGUUAUAAACGAACACCUCACUCUUAA